UGUUUUAGGACACAAGACCGACCUGUUGACUGACCUACGCACGGCGUCGUCCUCCUCCGACUCGUCCCUCGAGUCGAGAGUUGCUUUUGUUCCUCCACCCGCCAUCCACGCAGUGAGGUUCCCCGAUGGCGGAGCAGCCUCCUAGCUCUGCGCCGCAAGAUAGUUCUGGUGGGACUGAAUCCUUCGACAAUCUGGUAAUUCAAGCUCCACAGCCGGUGAGGGAGGAUUACAUACAGAAUGCUGUUAAGUUUCUUUCACAUCCGAAGGUGAAGGGUUCUCCCGUAUUCCACAGGCGAUCCUUCCUUGAAAAGAAAGGCCUUACAAAUGAAGAAAUUGAUGAAGCCUUUCGUAGGGUUCCUGACCCUAAGCCAAAUGGAACUGAAACUGCAUCUGCUGGUUCACAACAAGCAAACAACCACAACCAAUCUGAUGCACUGCAACCUUAUGCGGAACAACCACAAGCUGCUACUGGCUCUAUCACUGCUGGAACUAUUUCGCCACAUAUGAAGGCACAGUUUAGCUGGGUCAACACACUCCUUGGUGCAGGUCUUUUUCUUGGUUUGGGGGCUAGUGCUGCCAUAACCCUCAAGAAAUGGUUUAUCCCUAGUCUAAAAUCUUGGACCCGUACAGUCGUUGCUGAAGAAGAUGAGAAUGCGAAGGAUGAACUCAGUUGCAAUCUCUACGAAGAAAUUAGGGAAGCCAUAAACAUUUCUGCAUCAACCUUUUCUGAUAUAGCUAGAACAAACCAAGAAGUGCUUGCUUCGAAAGAUGAAGAUAGGAAGGUACUUAUGAAGUUAACGGAAGCAUUUGAGUCACAAGCAAAUGUGUUUAAAUCCUUGAAUGAGACCUUAUUAAAUCAUAUCAGGGAGAAUCGGUUUUCACAAUACAACCUAUUGGAAGAGCAUGUUCAGCCUGCACCAUGGAAUGGGGCGAUUGACUAUCAAGGGAGAGCUUCUCCGCAAACUAAUAUGUAUCCAACACCACCAAACAGCAGUUUUGACCCAGGGAGGCAUUCAUUCAUGCCAUUGCCUGAACCCACUUAUGGAUCAUAUUCUGGAUCUUACACUGAGCAGCGCGUGCAGAGGCCAGGGUACGGAUUCCAGCCCCAGAUGAGCAAUGACCGACAGAACCUCAGUUUGCGGAGCAACUACCAAGGGGUUUCUUUGAAUCACCACACCGGCAAUGCCAUUGAUGACCCUGCAGUGGAAUUCCAGCGCCGCUGGGUCCCCCCGCAGCCACCAGGUGUCAUCAUGCCGGAAGCUGCGGCCGCGAUCCGACAUCCCAGGUCUGUUCCAAGGCAGCAGUCGCAGCCAGUCGAUGGUCACUCGAGCACCGAUGUUCUGAGACCAUCUGAGCGCGUUGUGGCGACAACAGAGCAGAUGAACGGCACCCCUGGAGCACCUGAUGGAGAGUUGGCAGGUGAUGGCGGUGCCGCGACAGCCAGCGCCAGCAGCAGCGGUGGGAGUGAAGAGCAGCAGCAGGAAGCCGCUUGAGGGAAGCUUUUGGUGAUGCCCUUGCAGAGCUCCAUUGCUGAGUGGUAUAUUUGGGUUUUGCUGCACCUAUUUGUGUUUAGCGUACAGCAGAUAUGAAAGUUUACCCAUCUCAUGUAUAAAGUUGCAACUGUAUGACUGUAUGUACAUAUACCACUGCCACUCAGGAAAGUAAUAAUUCGAUGUAUGUCUGAAUGUCUAAGCAGCUCAUGAAAUGAACAGGAAUCGAGUGUGUUCU